AGCGGACACCGGGCGCACAGGCCUGAGGCGACUCGCGCGACUGGUGAGUCCCCGGCCCUAGCCCAGCAGCGCGUCUACUCGCUCAGCCGGCCGGCCACUGCCGCCCCCGCGCGGGCCCUGCGCAGCAGACAGGCGUUGCGGGGGAGACCACAGAACCUGAGGCCAUGUCCCAUGAAAAGAGUUUCUUGGUGUCCGCGGACAGCUAUCCUCCCCCCAACCCUGGAUAUCCUGGGGGGCCCCAGCCCUCCUUGCCUCCCUACCCAGGGGCCCCUUACCCACAGCCCCCGUUCCAGCCUUCCCCCUAUGGCCAGCCAGGGUAUCCCCAGGGCCCCAGCCCCUACCCCCAGGGGGGCUACCCUCAGGGUCCCUACCCGCCAGGAGGCUACCCCCAGGGCCCCUACCCCCCAGGAGGCUACCCUCAGGGCCCCUACCCACAAGGGGGCUACCCUCAGGGGCCGUAUCCACAGAGCCCCUUUCCCCCCAACCCCUAUGGACAACCACAGGCCUUCCCGGCACAGGAUUCUGGCACACCUCAGCAUGGGAACUAUCACGAGGAGGGUCCCCCAUCUUACUACGACAACCAGGACUUCCCUGCCACCAACUGGGAUGACAAGAGCAUCCGACAGGCCUUCAUCCGGAAGGUGUUCCUGGUGCUGACCCUGCAGCUGUCCGUGACUCUGUCCACCGUGGCCGUGUUCACAUUCGUCGGGGAGGUGAAGGGCUUUGUCCGGGAGAACGUCUGGACCUACUACGUCUCCUACGCCGUCUUCUUCAUCUCCCUCAUUGUCCUCAGCUGCUGUGGGGACUUCCGGCGAAAGCACCCCUGGAACCUCGUUGCCCUGUCGGUCCUGACCGUCAGCCUGUCCUACAUGGUGGGCAUGAUCGCCAGCUUCUACAAUACUGAGGCGGUCAUCAUGGCCGUAGGCAUCACCACAACCGUCUGCUUCACGGUGGUCAUCUUCUCCAUGCAGACGCGCUACGACUUCACGUCGUGCGUGGGCGUGCUGCUGGUGAGCAUGGCGGUGCUCCUCGUCUUCGCCAUCCUCUGCAUCUUUGUCCGCAACCGCAUCUUGGAGAUCGUGUACGCCUCACUCGGCGCUCUGCUCUUCACCUGCUUCCUGGCAGUGGACACCCAGCUGCUGCUGGGGAACAAGCAGCUGUCCCUGAGCCCGGAAGAGUACGUGUUUGCUGCGCUGAACCUGUACACGGACAUCAUCAACAUCUUCCUGUAUAUCCUUACCAUCAUUGGCCGUGCCAAGGAGUAGCCCGAGCCCCUGGCACAUGCGGGGCCCCACUCAGGUGGCAUGGCUGACCUGGACCCUGCCCCCAGCGUGGCAGUUCCUCUGUACCUCCCCUCUCUCAUCCCCGCGCGCAGCCUGGGACAGAGGGAGCCCCUCCCCAACCCUCCUGUGUGUACACUGCAGACACUUCUGUUCGGACCCGCUGUGGCCAGCAUGGCCCCUUGUAG